AUGAAUUUACACCCAGAUGGGAAGGCCUCGCGGGAGUCCCAGACUGCAUUAGAAAGGGCAGAAUCAAAAUUAAAAUAUGCCUAUUCUCAGAAUACUGUUUUGAGGACACUUGAUCGAAAGGUCUUGGACAAAGGCCUUCAAGCGCAAUGGAAUUUUUUCUCUGAGGAUGACGUAAUGUUUGGUUCAUUGAGUAUUCGAGGUGGCUACGUCGCCCAUGAUAUGCUCACCCGGCGCAAAGACAUUUCAUCGUCCAGCCCCAAAGACAUCCUGAAUCUGAAGCAAUGUCUAGCCGAAAAGGCACUGAGCUUCUGGGAAAAAAUUCCAGACCCAGCAUGGAUUCCGAGCGCGAAAGAAGAACAAGCGUUUGUGGAGGCUUACGAAAAUAUGGUUAAGAUUGUUCAAGGUGUGCGUACAGAAGAGGCCGACAACUACUCUGCUUAUAUGGAGCAUCGCUUGCGCUUGGCAACGUCAACUGAUGGUGGAAAGACCCUUGGUCCUCUUUUACUUGAAGUACUUUCCAAUAAAGUGGGUAACCCUGGAAUGAGAAUUGCUGCGGAACUCAAGUUUCAAGCAGCACAAGCUCUCCACCCUGAAAGAUAUGCCAAACUCGAUGCCAAUGAUGAGCUGGAUGUCGAUUAUUCUCGAAAGAAGGAGGGGAGGAACUCGAAAGUAGUGACAGCAAAGAGCUUGAUCGGUAGAAGCCUCGCGCUGUUGGUAAAUAAAUCCUUGGGCAAGAGAAAGAGACUUUCAGGCGACGAAGAAGAAGACAAACAUUUGACCAACAAAUUGCCACCUGGUAGAAGAAGAAAAAUAAUGGUAUCUGAUAACUUUCAGACGUAUCGGGCGAAAGCGAUUAAAGACGUGUGA